AUGGCGGCAGGACGUUUUGUAAAUAGAGAAGUGAGAGAAGUGGUCAUACCAAGGCCAAGGCUUAUAAUGGAUCGCCAGAACCCCCUAGAGCUCCUUUCAGAUGAAGAAGUGUUCCGGCGUUUUCGAUUUCGGCCGGACACCAUCGUAUAUAUCGUUGGUCUGGUGGCGGAUUCUAUUACCCAUAGAACGCUCAGAAGCGUGUCCCUCCCACCCCUGUUGCAAGUCCUUAUUUGUUUGAGGUUCUUGGCGACAGGGGCCUUCCAACAAUUGAUAGGCGACUCUGUUAAGAUUUCUCAGCCGACAGUCAGUAGAGUUGUGCGGCGAGUUGUCGGUGCCCUUGCAAGAAGAAUCCGUAAUUUUGUCACAUUCCCGAGAGGAGAAAACGGAAACAGAACAAAGCAAGAGUUUGGGGCAAUUGCAGAAAAUGUAACUCGGUUCUUUUAUUUAGGAUUUCCAAAUGUCCUAGGCUGUAUAGAUGGGACAUUUGUGAAAAUCAAGAAGCCAGCAGCCAAUGAAGCAGACUUUCUCAAUAGAAAAGGAUACCAUUCCUUGAACAUACAGGCAAUUUGUGAUGCCCACAUGAGGAUCACAAGUCUAAAUGCGUCAUGGCCAGGCAGUGUCCAUGAUUCACGGAUUUGGAACGCUUCAGCCUUAAAAGACCAAUUUGAAAAUGGAUUACAUGAUGGACUUCUUCUUGGAGAUUCUGGAUAUGCAUGCAGGAAGUACUUAAUGACUCCGUUUCUCCAGCCUGUAGGCAGAGGUCAAGAACGAUUUAACAGGAGCUUGUGCAGAACUAGAGUACUAAUAGAACAGACUUUUGGCGUUUUGAAAGCUAGAUUUCCAUGCUUAAGAUUCGGACUCAGGAUGAGACCAGAAAUGGCAGUUUCUACUACUUCUGCUUGUGUUGUGCUUCACAACAUAGGGAUCCUCAGGUUGGAUGUAGUGGAUGUGGAGCUUGAGCAUGACAAUCAGCUCCACAUCCAAGACCAACAAGUUCUUGCACAACCUGAUGGAAAACAUGUUCGUGAUCACAUCACAAGACAGUAUUUCAAUAAUUAA